UCACAAUUCCUCAUUCGACUUCUGCACCUCUCUCUCUCUCUCUCUUUCUCUCUAAAAAAAACUUGUUUUUUGCGAACUGGGUUUUUGAACUCGCCGGCGACAAUGAGGGUCAGCAACAACCUGGUGGGUCUCCUCAACUUCAUAACUUUCCUGCUGUCGAUUCCGAUCGUGUGGGCCGGAGUAUGGCUGAGCAAGCAAGGCAGCACCGAGUGCGAGAAGUUCCUAGACAAGCCCGUCAUUAUCCUCGGCGUAUUCCUGAUGCUGGUGUCGCUGGCCGGCCUAAUCGGCGCCUGCUGCCGGGUCUCGUGGCUGCUGUGGGUCUACCUACUCGUCAUGUUCCUCCUCAUCGUUGUCCUCUUCGCCGUCACCAUCUUCGCCUUCGCCGUCACCAACAAAGGCGCCGGAAAAGUGAUUUCCAACAGAGGGUACAAGGAGUACAAGCUCGGGGACUACUCGCAGUGGCUGCAGAAGAGGGUUAACAGCACCAAGAACUGGAACAAGAUCAAGAGCUGUCUCAUUGACAGCAAGGUCUGCUCUACUUUCAGGGACAAGUAUGUCAAUGAUACCAUCCAGACCUUCUAUUCUGAGAACCUGUCAGCGCUUCAGGCUGGUUGCUGUAAGCCAUCGGAUGAUUGUGGAUUUACCUACGUGACCCCCAUAUCCUGGACCAAUAACGGUACCACCGUUUCCUCCAACCCUGACUGCAGUGCAUGGCAGAAUGAUGAAAAGGUUCUGUGCUUCAACUGUCAGUCGUGCAAGGCUGGACUGCUGGACAACAUAAAAAGUAAUUGGAAGAAGACGGCCAUUGUCAACAUUGUAUUCCUUAUCUUCCUCAUCGUGGUGUAUUCGGUUGGAUGCUGCGCGUUUAGGAACAACAGGAGGGACAAUGGAUAUUGGAAACAGUAAGCGACACUGAGUUCGAUCAGAUAUUGGCAUGUAAGUAGAGAAUAGUUUGGCAUUGGCAGCUAGCUCUUAUUAGUGGAACAUAUCUUAUUGACCAGGGUUAUUGAUAUUAAUCUCCUGUAUAAAGUCUUUGAUCUCAUUUGGUUUUGGCUACGACGUCGUUCAGCUGCUAUUUUGAUGUUUUAUCAGCUGCUAUGCGAAUGAAUCUCUGUUUGUUUUGGAAAGACUUAUUUGUGUGUGCA